AUGAUUAAUACCACUACUUCCACCAUCGUGGGAUCCGAGGUUGGUUACAUCGAAGAUGUGAUCAAGUUGAGGUCUCUCAGUGGAAAAGGAAAAUACACGAAAUUGUGUGAAGAAUGGCUUGAAAGGUUAAUGCCGAAGGGCCGGGCAUUGGUGGUCUCGUCGUGUACAUCCGCCUUAGAGAUGGCGGCUAUUCUGGCCAACAUUCAGCCUGGGGAUGAGAUAAUCGUGCCAAGUUAUACUUAUGUGACUACGGUCAACUCGUUUGUGCUCCGUGGAGCUAUCCCUGUAUUUGUCGACAUCGGGGACGCUACAAUGAAUAUCAAUGCCGCGUAUAUCGAAGCAGCAAUUACCGCCAAAACUCGGGCAAUAGUCGCCGUCCACUAUGGCGGUCUUGCAUGCGAUAUGGACCGCAUCAUGAAAAUUGCGAAGAAACACCAUUUGUUUAUCUGCGAAGACGCCGCAAUGGCUUGUACUUCCACGUAUAAAGGUCAGAUGCUGGGCACCAUUGGUAAUGUCGGCUGCAUCAGCUUCCAAGAGAAGAAGAACUUCACUGCAGGCGGCCAGGGCGGCGCGCUUUUGAUUAAUGAUCCUGAUUUAAUAAAUCGAGCCGAGCAUAUCUAUGAUCAUGGCACCAAUCGGGCCAGCUUUAUUCGUGGAGAAGCUGAGUGCUACCAAUGGCUGGACUUGGGUCUCAAUGCAACGCUCUCCGAAAUACAAGCAGCCUUUUUGUACGCGCAGCUACAGAAUGCAGAUGGAAUCAAUAGCCGUCGAAGGCAUAUUUGGCACCGGUAUCAUGCCUGCUUAGCCGUACUGGCACAAAGGGGGCAUAUCAUGCUGCCACACAUCCCGGAUAAUACGACGCACAAUGCGAAUGUCUUUUGGAUUAGGCUUGUGGAUGCGACUCAGCGCGUGAGUUUGAUUUCACAUCUAGACCGUGCCGGGGUGCAGGCUCACCCUCAAUUCAUGCCGCUCCAUACGUCUCCUUAUGGUCGAAUUCAUGGUCGAUUCUCGGGAAUCGAUCGAGUGACUUCGCUGGCUGCGGCGCAAAUUCUACUCCUCCCGCUUCAUACGGCUCUGUCGGACGCGCAACAGGAUUUGGUGAUUAGUGAGCUGUUUAGCUUUUGGGCAGAGAAACAGGUCAAUGAUCCUACUAUUUGA